AUGAUCCUGCACAAGCUUGACGGCGAGGAAUGGGCGGCGAAUCUAGGGGCGUACGAGCGGCAGCACCCCGAGGUGGUGGUGAUCGACGAGUACGAGAACGUGCACAAGCUGGACGACCGCCGCGAGAUGCUCGCGGCCGUUAGCCACGUGGACGCGUCCGAGCACGGCGCGCAGGUGCACGUGCCCAAGCAGCUCAUCGUGGAGCGCGGCACGCCGCCCCAGGACAUCGCGAAGAUACUGGAAGAUGCGGGUUUCUCCCUGCCGGCAGUAGCGAAGCCCCUGGAGGCGAACGGCACGACGAGCUCGCACACGCUGGGGCUCGUGCUGGACGAGCAGUCGCUGCUGCAGGUGCACACGCCCGUGCUGCUGCAGGAGUUUGUGAACCACGGCGGCAUCCUCUUCAAGCUCUACGUGCUGGGCGACAAGAUUAUGGUCUUCCGCCGCCAGUCCCUGCCUGAUAUCCCGCCGCCUGAACUCUGGGCUGCUGCUGCUGCUGCGGACGAUGCUGACGUGCCGCCGCCUCCCAUGGAGGUCCCGAGCCCCAAGGCAGGGAAAUGGGACUUUCUGCGCAAGGGCGUGGGCGUGGUGGAGUUCAACCGCAUCUCCAACGUGCACAUGAGUGAGGAGGAGCUGCAGGACACCAGGGUCACCGACCCCCCGCCCGCCCUCAUGCACCAUGUUGGACUCACGCUGCGCAAGCACCUGCGCCUGCAUGCUUUCAACGUGGACAUUCUAAGACAAGGCGGCCACGAUGACAGGUACUACGUGGUGGACAUCAACUACAUGCCUGGGUACGAGCGCAUCCCCGGGUUCCCUCAGUUCUUUGUCGAGUUUGUGCAGCAGUCCGUGCGCAAGCGCGCCGCGCACCUCGCACACCUCGCAGCCUCCUCCUUCGAUUCGGUUACAGGAGCAGACGCAGCCGCAGCAGCAGCUGAUGCAGUGGCCGCAGUGGAUAGUGGGGUGAGUGUGCGGAGUGUGAGGAGUGAGGGAGUGGAGCUGGGAGAGGAGGCGAGGGCUGCGCUUAUCCAGAAGGAGCUGGAGGUGCAGGGGGAUGUGGAGAUGCCCAUGAUGCCGUACCCGGUGCUGCAGGGCAAGAAGAAGUGGGUGGUUGUGCGUGCUGCCAUGAUGCUCCGGGGGCUUAACAAGCCUGGUGCUACCUAG